AUGGGCUCGGUUGCCUCCCUGCCCGGGUCGCCUCCUGCCCGGUUGGCCUCCUGCCCGGUUGCCUCCCCGCCGGUCGGCCUCCACGCCCGGUCGCCUCCCCGCCCGGUUGCAUCCCGCCCAGUCGCUCCCCCGCCCGGUCGCUCCCCUGCCCGUCGCAUCCUGCCCGGUCGCCUCCCUGCCCGGUCGCCUCCCUGCCCGUUGCCUCCCGCCCGUCGCCUUCCCUGCCCGGUGCCUCCCCGCCCAGUGCCUCCUCCCGUGCCCUUCCUGCCCGGUUGCCUCCCUGCCGGUUGCCUCCCUGCCCGGUCGCCUCCCUGCCCGGUUGCCUCCCUGCCCGGUCGCCUCCCUGCCCGGUCGCCUCCCUGCCUGCCUCCCUGCCCGUCGCCUCCCGCCGGUUGCCUCCCGCCCGGUUGCCCUCCCCGCCCGGUUUGCCUCCCCGCACCGUCGCUCCCCGCCCUGGUUUGCCUCCCCGCCGUCGCCUCCCCGCCCCCGGGGGGCCUCCCCUCCGUCCCCUGCCCGGUGCCUCCCUGCGGUCGCCUCCCUGCCCGGUCGCCUCCCUGCCCGGUCGCCUCCCUGCCCGGUCGCCUCCCUGCCCGGUCGCCUCCCUGCCCGGUUGCCUCCCUGCCUGGUCGCCUUCCUGCCUCCCGGUCGCCUUGCCCUGCCCAGUGCUCCCCGCCCAGUUGCCUCCCUGCCCGUCGCCCUCCCUGCCCGGUCCCCUCCCUGCUCAGCCUCCCGGCGUCUGCCUUCCUGCCCGGUCGCCUCCCUGCCCAUUUGGCCCUUCGCCCCCGGGGCCCCGGGGGGGGGUCGAGUUCGCCCUCCCUGCCCCGUUGCCUCCCCGCCAGUUCCUCGCCCGGUCGCCCUCCCGCGGGGGGCCCCUGCCCAUGGAGGCUGAACCUGGUCACCUCCCCGGGGGAGGCCCCACCCCUGGCAGCCCGUCCUAGUCACCUCCCCGCUGGGGGGUCCCACACCUAG